AGUCUCUCCCAGUCCCAUUGCAAUCAAUGGCAGGGCCAAAAAUCUUCACUCUACACCUCCAUCUUCUCCUUCCUGUGCUCCUUCUGAGCUCAUCCACAGCAAACAUCACCCCAAAACUCUCUUCAAAGAAUAUCCCAAGAACUCCCCCUCCCCUUCCCAUUCUUCCCCUUCCCUCGGCCUCCCAGCUCGCAUGGCAGCAGGGAGAAAUGGCCAUGUUCCUCCAUUUCGGUCCUAACACCUUCACAGACUCCGAGUGUGGCUCCGGCCACGCAGAUCCCUCCAUCUUCUUCCCUAAAAACCUGGACUCUCGCCAGUGGGCCGCUGUCGCCGCUGCCACGGGAUUUUCUCGUGUCGUCCUCACUGCCAAGCACCAUGACGGCUUCUGUCUCUGGCCUUCCUCCUACACUAAUUACUCUGUCCGCUCUAGCCCUUGGAGCUCUGGUGAGGGUGACAUAGUUGCUGACCUUGCAGCCGCAGCUCACGAAUUCGGUCUUGGAUUUGGUAUAUACCUGUCGCCGUGGGAUCGUCACGAGCCUUGUUAUGGAAAGUCACUGGAAUACAAUGAGUACUAUUUGGGGCAGAUGACGGAAUUGCUUACUAGUUAUGGGGAUAUUCAGGAGGUUUUUUUGGAUGGUGCACCGGGAAAAGUUGAGAAGGACAUGGUUUACUUGUUUGAUUCCUGGUUUGAACUCAUUCAUCAAUUGCAGCCAAAAGCUGUUAUUUUCUCGGAGGCUGGCCCUGAUGUCAGAUGGAUAGGUGAUGAGGCUGCAGUUUCUGGUACUACUUGUUGGUCUCUCUUUAACAAAAGCUCAGCUUCAAUUGGCAACACAGAGACCGAGUGAGUACAGAAUUCUUUUA